UUGGCACAGAAGAAAAGUUGUCAAGUUGAACAAUAAGGCUUGUAGGCGAAUAGAGUUGUCCGCAGCCAGACAUUUGCCUUUGUUUUUUCUAUAUUUAAUCAUACACAUUAUUCAACACGUGACUGGCCCAAAAGGUGCACGCGGAUUGGUUAUAUGAGGAAUGGCCCUUUCUGACCUCUCCUUGUCCAAAACGUCGCCAUUGAGAACCAAAAAUCUUCGCCAUCGGCCACCGGAAAAUGUCCAACGAGCCUCUACUUUUCUCAUGCCUUUAACAGAUCUGACUUUUGGACGAAUCUAUACUGUCAAUCGGAUCCGAUUCCGUCACCCUAGAUUUCUAUCGGGCCGUAAUAUCGCUGCACUCGAAAGUCCGAUGGCCGAGGAAGCGAAUCACAAGAGCACCGUAGAGUCAACGAUGAAUAACAAAACGGAAUCGGAGAAGAAUCAGGAAGAAUCAAAGGUUACCAUUCCGCCGCCGCCGGAGAAGCCGUUGCCGGACGAUUGUUGCGGGAGUGGAUGUGUUAGAUGCGUGUGGGACAUGUAUUAUGAAGAACUCGAGGAAUACAAUAAGCUUUACAAGAGUAAUCCAGAUGUUAAGCCUUCUUAGAUUUGUUUGGAAACUAGAAUUCAUAUAAUCAAUCUCUGUUCAUAUGAAUUGUUGUUGUUUGCUAUAUUCUUGAUUAGAUUAUUGAAGACAGAUUUACGAGCAUACA